CUUUUGCUGAAAACUUGGAUACUCUACCAACUCAAAACAAAACAACAACAAAGGAUGGCGAUAUGGUGGACUCUGCAAAAGAGCAGAGCCGCCCAGCUCAAUGAGAAUUUUGAGCUACAACUGUAGGGGUCUCAGGAAUACCUCUGCAGUUGAAAAGAUGAAGGCGUUACUACGCUGGAAAUAUCCCGACAUUGUUUUCCUAUUGGAGACAAGACUAUACAAAAACGAAUGGAAGACUAAAAUAAAAGAGCCGGGGUUUUCUGAUGGACGUGGAGUAGCAGCAGGAGCAAAUAGGGCAGGGGACUUACUUCUAAUGUGGAGGGAGGAGGUUCAGGUGGCAAUAAAAGACAUAACUCUUCACUACAUUGAUGCAAAAGUGAAGAUGGGGAACUGUAAACAGGAUUGGAGACUCACCGUUGUCUACGGAUGGUCGAAAGUGCGGAAUAAAUAUCAGACUUGUGAUCUGCUUCACCGGCUGCACCAACAAGUUCAAAUACCAUGGUUAGUGGUGGGGGAUUUCAAUCUCAUAACCGACUAUUUGGAAAAGAGCGGUAGUAGGGAACCAUAUACCAAAGAAAUGGAUAUGUUUAGGGAUUGCUUGGAGAAUUGUGGUUUGGAAGACUGUGGGUAUUAUGGCCGGACUUUCACUUGGGAAAACAAUAGAGAGGCAGAAUACUAUACAGAGGAGCGGUUGGAUAGAGCUGUGAGCAACAAGGAGUGGAUAGAAUGUUAUCCAGAUAUGAGGGUCUACCAUCUAGAGAGGUGUGGAUCAUACCACAUUCCCAUCCAAAUAAAAUUGGUUUUGGAGGAAGAGGAAAUCACAUGGGGUUGGUCUUUUAGAUAUGAGAGGUAUUGGGAAAAGCAUGAUGAUUGCGCAAAAGUGAUAAAGGAUGGUUGGAUGGAAAAUGGCAGCAUACCUAUCAUGGAUAGAAUCAAAUGUUGUGAGAACAAACUUCGAUCUUGGAGCAAAGAGGCGUUUGGUUCUCUUAAACAACGUUCAGUGAAAGCAGAAGACGCAAUAAAAGCCCUUAAUAAAAGGAAGCUCACAAAUGCAGUCCUCCUACAAAAGAAAGUGCUUGAGUAGGAGCUCAGUGAUAUCUUAUUACAAGCGGAAAUGAAAUGGCUUCAACGAUCAAGAGCAUAUUGGCUUAAGUCGGGAGACAUGAACACAGGGUAUUUCCACCCAAAAGCUUCAGAACGAAGAAGAAGAAAUACUAUCCGAAGUUUAAAGGACACGUAUGGGCAAGUUUACACAGGCCAACAUGGUGUCACACAAUGCCUAGUGAGCUACAUGCAUACUCUGUUUACUGCUGGAGGGAGAACAAAGACAACUAGAUUUAUUGAAGCAGUUCAGAGAAAGGUUACUAAAGAAAUGAAUGAACUUCUAAUGGCACCCUUCACAUAACUCGAAAUAUGGCAGGCUCUAAAACAAAUGGGUCCAGACAAAUCCCCAGGGGUAGAUGGGAUGUCUGCCAGGUUCUUCCAAAAACACUGGGCAUUGGUGGGACCAGCUAUUUCUAGAGAGCUACGAGGAUAUCUUGAGUUGGGGGAGUUUCCACAGAAACUAAACCAUACCUCUGUGACGUUGAUACCAAAAAUAAAGAAUCCAAAUACACCACUUGACUUCAGACCCAUUAGUUUGUGCACUGUGCUUUACAAAAUUAUGUCUAAGGUGCUAGCAAACAAAUUAAAGGUGGUCCUAGACAAGGUGGUGAGUGAGCAACAAAGCGCCUUUGUGCCAGGAAGAUACAUUAUGGAUAACGUGCUGGUAGCUUUUGAAUGUUUUUCAUGCCAUGAAGUUGAAGAAGAAAGCAAAAAAAGGGACGUUGGCUGCAAAAUUAGAUAUUUCCAAACUCUAUGACCGCAUUGAGUGGUGUUUCCUUGAGAAGAUGAUGCGGAAAUUAGGGUUUGCAGAGAUAUGGAUCCAAAUGAUAAUGCACCGUGUCACCAGAGUUUCCUACUCUAUCCUUGCGAAUGGGCAUCAGACAGAUAUUUUUAAACCAUAACAAGGAUUAAGACAGGGGGACCCCCUGUCCCCCUACCUUUUUCUCCUCUGUGUGGAAGGGUUAUCUGCUUUGACACAAAAGGCAGUGAGGGAAGGGAGGAUUCAUGGGGUUAAAGUGACUCCGAGAGCCCCAGAAUCUCCCACCUACUAUUUGUUGAUGACAAUAUUUUCUUUACAAGGGCUACUACUUAAGAAUGCCUGAAACUAAGAGAAAUUAUGAGGAUCUAUGAGGAAGAAUCGAGCCAAAUGGUCAACUUACAGAAAUCCGAGCUGAGUUUCAGUCCAAACCUAAAGGAGGAAAAACGAAAUGAGCUUGUUGUUGUGAUGGGAAUGAAACAGGUAGCUGUUCAUGGGAAGUACCUCGGACUGCCCACUGUUAUCGGCCGGGAAAAGAAGGCAGUGUUUGAGGUGUUGGUGGAUCGCGUUAGGAAAAAGAUAAAACACUGGAAGAACA